CGACCCAUAGGCUAGACCUAUCAAUAUUGCAAACCGAAAGUAAGAAAUACCAAGAAACUUGUCAUAUAGUUUUCAAAAAUCAACAAGAGAUAAGCCUAAGUAAACUCCAUAGAAUUCUAUAUACAAUGUUAGACAACUAUAUUAUCAAUUAGAUAAUGGUAUGAAAAUAGUCCAUGGAUUCUGAUGAUGAUGAUAGAUUUGCAAGUUUGCCAAAUAUAGUAGAUAAUGAUGAUGACUUACCAGACAUAGUACGCUUUCAUGAUGAUGAUGAUGAUGAAUUUGAUAUACAACAGCCUAAAGCCUUGCGUGAAUCAGAAUUAGAAACUGUACAACCUGAUGAUGAUGAGACUUUUCUACAAGCUGCCAUUAUACAACAGAGUAAUGAAGCUAAAUAUCAAGAAGAAUUAAAUAAGGUUCUUACUUUAAGUUUACUGGAAUCGGAAGGUAGAUUGGGACAGAAUAUAGGUGGUAACUUCCCAGAUUUUGUUGUUAGUGCUCAGGAAGGGAUUGAGGAAAAUAGGAGCUUUUUGUUUCACAGAGGAGCUUCUUCAAAUAUUUCAAUGUUAAAUAGUGGACCACCUGCGAUGGAAAAACAUAGUACUACUAACUCUUCAGUUAGCGAUCGAAGACCAAGUUUGGAAAGACUUCAAACAAACAUAGGACAUACAAGUACUGGAGGACCAGGUAUGCCUGUUAGGAGACCCAGUUUAGAAAGAUUGCACGGUGCUAACAAUGAUUUGUUUGGCUUUGAUGAGGAAGAACAAGCUAGAGAACUACAAGAGCUAAUACGGAUGGGAAUUAUUCCUUCAAAUCAAAUGCCAUCUAAGUUUCAAAAGAACAGAAAUCGUAACAAUGUAAAUUCUGUUGCAAAUGUGCAGCCAGUGGCAAGAGAUCAUAAUUUUGCAUCUCCAAGAAUGAACUCUUCAAGGGUUGAUAACUCUGAUGAAAAUGACAAUGAACAAGUGCUAGGAGCUGAAGGACCUGAGACGACAUCUGGAAUUAGUGAUUUAACUCCAGUUGCCUUUACAUUAGACAGUUCUUUAGAAAAUUGGACAACAAACAAGACCUCUCCACAUGGAAUAAUUCACAUGUAUGAACUGGUCAAAAUACCUACAGAAAGCGAUGAGUAUGUUGCUAUUGAAAAUGAUUUUAGAAGUUCUGGACUAAAAGUAAUUAGUGUGGAGAGACUACAGAAUAAAUAUCUAUUAGAAAAGUUUAAAAGCGAACAGGAUCAGAUUGAACGAAGUCGUUUGCCAGGUUAUAGUUUAAACUGUCGUUAUUUAUAUCAUGGUACCCCAGCAGAUAAAGACAGGCUAUGUGAAGAAGGUUUAGAUGCAAGAUUAAGUAGAAUGGGUUGUUUUGGUAAAGGAAUUUAUUUCAGUGAUACACCUAGAAAAUGUGUACAAUAUACAGAAAGUGAUCAAGGUAUUAAUUGUAUAUUGAUGUGUCGUGUUAUUCUAGGUGAUACUAAGAUUUACCCACCAGGUGCUAAUGAUCCAAAUUUACGUCGAGAACCUGAAAAAACUGAAAUAACACAUGGAUGGAGAUAUUAUGAUUCAGUUUCAGGAAGUCCUAUCGACUAUAAUGAAUAUGUUGUAUAUGAAAAUAGAAGAGCUAUGAUAGAGUAUAUGAUAUCCUAUAGACCAGACUACAAUGCAGGUUCAACAGUAACCAGCAAUACUAAAGGCCAUGCAUCCCACUCAUGGCCAGUUACAAAAACAACAAAACAUCCAAAUGGUGAAAGAACUGUUCAAUUUAACAUGACAGAAGAUGAACAUAUGAAAUUGAUAGAAUCAGUAAGAGAUAAUGUAAGACAACAGAGAGCUAAAGAUAGAGGAGAAACAUGGAUACCACCAUCACUUGAACAGAGAUCAGCAGAAAGAAAGAAAUGGCAGAAUAUUAUGCAGAUUUCUCAUGCUGAAGGUACAAAAGUAAUAUACAAGACACCAGAUAAUAAUGAUAUGUCAAUCAAUACAGCAUCUAAUAUCACACCCCCUUCUGAAACUUAUCAAGAAACAGAUGCUAUCAAUGAAGUUAUGAGUUAUUUAAUCACCAAGUUUUUAAGUGUAACUAAUACUGAUGAUGUUGAAGAGGCUAGAAGGAUUAUUGAAGAUAAUAGCAUGGAUUUAGACCUAUCCAUUGAAAACUAUUAUGCUAAGUUCGCAUAAACUUGGCAGAUAAUUUUGAAGAUAUAUUUUCUUUUAUUGUAACUGAGAGAAUUCUUGUGAAGUUUUUACUUGAUCUGUGAUAAGUUUUUAUAGUAGUAAUUAGUAUGAAGUAAUCAUUAAUACCAUGAAGAUAGACUUCAGUUUUUAUAUUCUAAUACUUAAAUGAGACAUCCAUAGUUAACAUUUUAACCUUUAACUUGCACCUUGUUUAAUCAUAAAUCUUUACUUUGUGACCUAGUUCAGUGCUUUCAUGAGAUUAUGUUCUCAUCACCACCUAACACUUAAAUUUUUAUGUGUGAGUUUAGGUUCAAUCAUGGUUUUCAUUUAUUUUUAUGAAGAUGUACACUAUUGAAUUUGGUGAUGAUCCACUAAUUUAUUUGAGAGAUAUUGCAUAAAACUCUGAUACCGUG